CUGUGACUGUCGUAAGUCUUUCUUUUCGAUCGCAGCCCCACUUCCAGACGCCUCUCAAUCAUUGACACAGCUCGCAAACGUCGCAUCCUUGUUCUAUUCGGGCCACUUAUGACUGUGAUAUCAGGCUCCAGUGACUCUAUGACCAUCAUGAUACGUCGUACACCUCUCUAUUGUAAUCAUAUCGAAGCUCAAGCCCAACGAAUAACAGGACACCCAGUCCUAGUCACGGUGAAGGUCUGCGGCCAAAAAUAAUCCAGUGCAUCUGGUAUAGAUAGUUUACCAUCGUUGGUCUCAACUGCCUGAUUCACCUCUCACCUCUUCCCUCUCACGAUGGCUGAUAAAACCGCAACCUUGACGACAUUCGAGGUGACGAUUCAAGCGCUUGGCCGUCAACAGAUCAUUAGAUAUUUACAGGGUUCGUCCAAGUCGGAGUAUCAUCUUUGCUUCUCAAUCUUACAUACUACAGUCUUCAACACCACGUUACUCGUCUAUGAUAUAAUUAUCAAUCUACAGCUCGAGGUUGAGCACAUUUGGACAAGAAAAUGGUCAUUCUUCACUGUUUUAUACAUCCUGCAACGUUAUCUCCCGUUAUUCGACGAAGCGGGGGCGACCCUUUACUAUGACUUCGGAGCGAACUUGAGCAUUCACAAUUGUGCCUUGUAUUACAAGAUUGCCGGAGCGUCAUCCGCGGUCGGCAUUGGGCUGUCUGAAGUUGUUUUAACAUUUCGUGUCUGGGCGGUCUGGGAGGGGAGCUUCCCAGUAGCCAUAGGACUUGUCGUGUUCUUCCUCGCCUGUUGGGUGCCUGCUGUUCUUGUGUUGGCACAGUUCAUGAACUCUGUGGAAUUCGUGCCUCUCACAUUUCCUAAUUUUCGCGGAUGUUCUAGUAUCGCCGGUCGAAAUCAUAUUCCGAUAUACUUGGUCUGGGUGUUGUGGAUCGUGUAUGACGCUGGUGCAUUUGUGAUGAUUCUCAUUCCUGGAGUGGCAGCAUACAGGAGGGGUGGAAGAUCGGAGCUCGUUAAAACCAUAUAUCAAGAUGGCGUUGUAUACUACGCGUUGGUAUUCUUAACCUCGAUGUUCAAUGUGGUCGUCACCCUCACCCUUCCGCCUGAUUGCAUCUUAAUCUUAGCCGAAUUCGAGCGUGUAUUGCAUUCUGUUCUAACCAGUCAUGCAAUCCUCCAUAUCCGUCGAGUAUACUUGCAACAGUCGACACCUCAAACGAUGUCGCAGAUUCAAUUCGGACGAAACGAGCAUAUCUCGUCCUUCCAUACUACCGAACCGCCAAAUACAAAUGCAGAAUCGCUGCCAAACCCAGUGGAUAUCGAGACUUAG